AUGGCUCCUGGUAGUGAAGUGAAUGAUGAUAAUGAAUCGAAACAUACAUCUCAGAAAGUGAAAAAAUGUCAAACUAUUAGCAAUGCGAAUGAAAAAAGUGGCAGCGAAAAUGUUAACAAAGUUGAUAAAGUGGAGAACAAGCAACCGUUGAAAAUGAAAAAGGAGAUAGGUGUUAAAGCCGCGGAUUGUAGCAACGGUCUCACAAGUACGCCUAACGGGCGGGCUGAUGACGAAGGCGGCGGCGGCGUCACCUGUGCGACGUCGCCACCGCGCGUAUCAUAUGCGGCUGCCGCACGCAAGGCUCCUUCGCCACAAACUAAUAACACGCCACCGCAUUUUACACCAAAUGCCGAAGCUCUAAAACCUAAAUCGCAUGCCGAGAAAAGGCACCAAGUUAAACCUAACGGAGCUGUGGCAAAAAUAAACGGAGAAAAGACGAUGAUGAAAGCAGAUACUAGUAAGCAAGAUAAAACAUGUACCAAAGAACCGAUUUUAAAUGGAACCGCAACUCCUAACGAAAAUAUUGUAAAUGGUGAUCCAAAAAAAGAUUCAGAUUGUGAUAUUAGUAGUAGUGAUAGUGCUAAAAUAAUUACUAACGGCGUCAAUAGUGAUUCCGACGAUUCAAAAUCUAAUAAGUCAGAUGAAGGGGUUGAUGUAACUUUAUUGAAAUCUCCUUCUGUAAAAGUAGCUGAAGAAAAACAGCCAAAUGAUAAGAAGAAACAUAGCAAAAAAAAUUCUGCUACAGGAAAAAUUGAGGACUCUAAUGAGAAACAAAAAUCUGUUAGUAAUCAAAGUCCUGAAAAUAAAGAAGGGGGAAAUAAAACUAAAAUGACUAAAAGUGAUUGCGGAAAGGUUAAUGGUGAAAGCGAUAAAAUAGUAAAUGGAGACAAGGACAGAGAGUCUUCACCUAGCGAGGAUGGUGAUGAGAAAAAGAGAGAUGCAGAAGUUGUUUUUAUGCAAGACAUGGGUUUUACAGUUAAGAUAGUUAGUCCAGGAGCGGAACCAUUGGAUAUUCAGGUUUCCAGCAUGGAGUUGGUUCAAGAAAUUCAUCAGGUGCUAAUGGAUCGUGAAGAUACAUGCCACAGAACAUGCUUUUCUUUACAGUUAGACGGUGUUACACUCGACAAUUUUGCUGAACUAAAAAAUAUAGAAGGUCUCAAAGAAGGAUCAGUUAUUAAAGUGGUUGAGGAACCCUACACAAUGCGUGAGGCCCGCAUACAUGUUCGUCAUGUGCGUGAUUUGCUCAAAUCCAUUGACUAUGUUGAUGCCUAUGCUGGUCAAGAAUGCAGCUCUUUGGCUUUUCUAAACAUAAUUACCCAAGGCGAUAUACUUGAAAAGAAGAAGUCACGUCCAGAAAGUGUAGACUGCACACCUCCUGACUACAUAAUGCCGGGCAGCACAGAGCGACCAUUAUUGCCUCUUCAUCCAGGUCUCACGAAGGAAAAUAAGGCACCUCAGUGUCUUAAGGUUCUAACGACGUCAGGCUGGAACCCUCCACCCGGGCCUCGUAAGAUGUGUGGCGAUCUUCUCUACUUGUACGUCGUCACACUAGAAGACCGUCAUUUCCACAUUACAGCGUGCCCACGAGGAUUCUACCUUAACCAGUCUACCGAAGAAGUUUUCAACCCACGUCCAUCCAACCCGUCGCUUUUAUAUCAUUCUUUAAUAGAGCUGCUAAGCAUUGUAUCUCCGGCCUUUAAAAGAAAUUUUGCCCUAGUUCAAAAGAGACGCAUGCAGAAACAUCCUUUCGAGAGAGUGGCAACCCCAUACCAAGUGUACCAAUGGGCUUCGCCAAUGCUCGAUCACACCGUGGAUGCAAUACGAGCUGAGGAUACGUUCUCGUCGAAGCUGGGCUACGAGGAGCACAUCCCGGGGCAGACGCGCGACUGGAACGAGGAGCUGCAGACGACGCGCGAGCUGCCGCGCGCCACGCUGCCCGAGCGACUGUUGAGGGAACGCGCCAUAUUCAAGGUGCACAGCGAUUUCGUGGCAGCGGCGACGCGCGGCGCCAUGGCGGUGGUGGACGGCAACGUGAUGGCCAUCAAUCCCGGGGAGGAGCCCAAAAUGCAGAUGUUCAUCUGGAACAACAUUUUCUUCUCGCUCGGUUUCGAUGUCCGCGACCAUUACAAGGACUUGGGCGGUGAUGCAGCUGCCUUCGUUGCACCGCGUAACGACCUGCAAGGCGUGCGCGUGUACAGCGCGGUGGACACGGCGGGGCUGCACACGCUGGGCACGGUGGUGGUGGACUACCGCGGCUACCGCGUCACCGCGCAGUCCAUCAUCCCCGGCAUCCUGGAGAAGGAGCAGGAGCAGAGCGUGGUCUACGGCAGCAUCGACUUCGGCACCACUGUGCUCUCCCAUCCCAAAUACAUGGACCUGUUAAGUAAAGCCGGCCAGCAACUAAAAAUAAUGCCACAUUCAGUUAUCAGCGCAAAUGGUGAAACUGUAGAAUUAUGUUCAAGUGUGGAGUGCAAAGGAAUUAUCGGAAAUGACGGCCGCCAUUACAUCUUAGAUCUUCUACGCACUUUUCCGCCUGAUGUCAACUUUCUUCAGUUGGAAGACGAUGAGCUUCGAGAAGAUAUUAAAUCCAUGGGCUUCCCUAUAAUACACAAACACAAACUUUGUUGCCUUAGACAAGAAUUAGUUGAUAGUUUUGUAGAAGCACGUUAUUUCAUGUUUAUACGUUACGCUGCGUUCCACCUACAACAGUUAAGCGCCAAAAAGGAAGACAGUAAUAAAAAGGUGGCCGAGAAAAAGGAUAUUAAAGUUGAAUCAAACAUAUCAAAGGAAUGCGAUAAAGAAAAAGAGGAAGAGUUGUUAUUGAAUGACAAUUACUCAGAUAUUGACACCGAUUUUGCUAAAAAAAUUGUUGAGAGCAUAACAGACUCUAUUUGCAGUGACAAGCAUGAAGCUGAUGACACGAAUGACCGUUCCCGCGCUGUGGUAGCGUCUGCGGCGCGCGCCGUUGCGUCGCUCAAAGAGUCUGAGUUCGACGUGCGCUUCAACCCGGACGUGUACUCGGCCGGCAUCCGGCACGCCGCCACGCCCGAACAGCUAGCACGACAGCGACAUCUAGUAAAGGAAGCCGCAGCCUUCCUUCUCACUACACAGAUACCGGCAUUUGUGCGCGAGUGCCUGGAGCACACGGCGGCGCCGAUGGACGGCGCGGGGCUGACGGAGGCGCUGCACGCGCGCGGCAUCAACGUGCGCUACCUGGGCCGCGUGGCGCUGGCGCUGCGCCCGCACGCCCCGCUCGCCUACCUGCACGCCAUCGCCGUCGCCGAGCUGCUGCUGCGCGCCGCCAAGCACAUAUACACCGCCUACUUGCAGGGGUGCGAGGCGAUGUGCACGGGCGCGGCGGCGGCGCACUUCCUGAGCUGCCUGCUGGGCGCGUGCGCGGCGCCGGCGGCCGCGGCGGCCGAGUGCCCCGCGCGCGCCGCGCGCCCGCGCCACCGCCGCCACCGCCGCCACGCGCGCGCCGCCUCGCCCGCGCCCGCGCCCGCCGCCGCCGCCGCCGACUGGCACCACCUCACGCCCAAGGCGCUCUUCACGCAGAUCAAGCACGAGCUCAAGUCAUACUGGGGAUAUGAACUAAAUGCCGAAAAUAUGGAUGUUGUCAUAGAAAAACAUGGUCUACAGAAGAUUUCCUUAUUGAGGUCUUUCGCGCUUAAAGUGGGUUUGCAGAUUUUAUUGCGGGAGUACGACUUCGACAAUAAGAACAAAGCGGCAUUCACACCAUCGGACAUUAUGAACAUAUUUCCUGUUGUCAAACAUAUCAAUCCAAGGGCGUCGGACGCGUACAACUUCUACACGACGGGGCAGAGCAAGAUCCAGAGCGGCGCGGUGUCGGAGGGGCACGAGCUGAUCGCUGAGGCGCUGAACCUGCUCAACAACGUGUACGGCGCCAUGCACGGCGAGAUCGCGCAGUGCCUGCGCAUGGUGGCGCGCCUGUGCUACGUCACCGGCGACCACCGCGACGCUAUGGCCUACCAGCAGAAGGCCGUGCUCAUGUCCGAGCGCGUCAACGGCAUCGACCACCCCUACACCAUCACCGAAUACUCCCACUUGGCACUAUACUGCUUCGCGAACGGGCAAGUGAGCACAGCUUUGAAGUUACUGUACCGAGCGCGCUACCUCGCGCUCAUAGUCUGCGGGGAAAAUCAUCCGGAGAUGGCGCUACUUGAUAGCAACAUCGCGCUGAUCCUGCACGCGGUGGGCGAGUACGAGCUGUCGCUGCGGUUCGCGGAGCGCGCGCUGAGCGUGACGAGCGCGUCGCACGGCGCGCGCUCGCUGAAGGCGGCCGUGGCGCGCCACCUGCUCGCGCGCACGCUCUCCUGCCUCGGCGACUUCCGCGCCGCGCUGCACCACGAGAAGGAGACCUACUCCAUAUACAAGCAGCAGCUGGGCGAGAAGCACGAGAAGACGCGCGAGUCGUCGGAGUGCCUGCGGCACCUGACGCAGCAGGCGGUGGUGCUGCAGAAGCGGCUGGCCGACGCGUACGCGCGCGCGCAGCCCGCGCACGCCGCGCACCCCGCGCACCCCGCGCACCCCGCGCCGCCCGCCCCGCCGCUGCACAUCCAGCCGCCCGCCAUGGCCUCCGUCAUCGACAUGCUCAACCUCAUCAACGGCAUCCUCUUCGUGCAGAUCAGUCCUCAAGAUAUUGAGCAAUUUAAAGCCGAGAUAGAAAAAAGGCAAUUAAAAGAUCUGCCAAUCCCGGGCGUGCUGAACCAAGUUAGCAGUGAAACUGCUGAAAAACCCGAGGAAAAAACAGGCGACGAGGGUCCGGGUUCGCAACAAAAGGAUACAGUGAAGUUGAAAAACGCGAGUUGA